CUUUUUGGGGAGGGGACGUCCAGGGGGUGUCGCACAGGCUGCGUCCAGAGCUCGUCUCUGUCAUUAGGGACUCCCGCAGCAGAAGCAUGAGGCUGCGGUGGUGGCUUUGGCUCGUCCUCUUGCGGCCAGCGGAGCUCCGUGCCGCCCUCCCCGCCCAGGGGCAGGUGGAGGUGCACCGGGUGGAGGAUGCUGGGAAUGCGGGAACAGGCGGGGGUCCAAGGACUGAAAGAAGCUUUCCGUUCCGAACCCAAGGUUCGGGACUUGAGGAACUGAGGCGGAUCACUCGGGGAGCCAAGGAGGGGAAGUUCAGGAAAAGUGAUCCUUUCCAUCAUGUGGGUAGCGGCGAGGAUCCACGCCGCCGCGAGGAUCCGAGUGGAUACUUCACCACCACCCGGUCCUACCGGCGCCCCGCCGCCCCGCUAAGAAACUCUUCUGUCGGCCGCGGCCCGAGGCUCCUGAACCCGCUGUAUCCGAUCACCGACGGCUCGUACUGGGCGUACGCGGUCAUGCUGCUCGCGCUCGUAGUGUUCGUCGUGGGCAUCGUGGGGAACCUCGCGCUCAUGUGCACAGUGUGGCACAACUUCUACCUGAAGAGCGCGUGGAACUGCAUCCUGGCGGGACUGGCCUUCUGGGACUUCCUCGUGCUUUUCUUCUGCCUCCCCGUGGUCAUCUUCCACGAGCUGACGCUGAAAAGGUUGCUAGGAGACAUUUCCUGUCGGCUCGUGCCGUACCUGGAGGUGAGCUCUUUGGGCGUGGCCACGUUCAGUCUCUGUGCUCUGAGCAUUGACCACUUCCAUGCAGCCACUGGCCCCACCCCCAUUCAGACUCCAAAGAUAGAGCCAUGUCAGUCCAUACUGUCCAAAUUGGGUGUUAUCUGGCUGGGCUCCAUGGUGCUGGCGGCUCCGGAGCUGCUGCUGUGGCAGCUGCUGCAGGAAGCCGGGAACCUGCCGGCUCCGCCCUCCAGCGUGCUGCAGAGCCAGCCUACUGGCUCCCUGAUGGCUGCUCUCGGAGCUCCACCCGACACGCUGAAGAUGGAUGUCUGUGUCCGUGAACCAUCUCAGGAGCUCCCGGAGAGCGUCUACGCCCUGGUGCUGACCUACCAUGAGGCCCGCAUUUGGUGGAUCUUUGGCUGCUACAUCUGUAUGCCGCUGCUCUUCACUCUGGCCUGUGACUUGGUGACUCGGCACGUGUUAGCCCAGCGUCUUCCUCAAAAUCCCAUCUGCGAGAAAGUAAGCAGCAGGUGUUCCUCUUUGCCGUCAUCCACAACAAGCAAAAAGCAGCACAUGAGGGAGCAGAAGCUCCGCUCCACUGUGAUGGCACUCAGCAUCCUGUACGUCACAUGCAACCUUCCCCAGAGCAUUUGCAGCAUCACCCUGACGUACAUGUCUGCCCCUCUGAUGGCUGCCCUUCCACCUCUAGUUCUGCCCGCCUUGGCUCUGCUGGAGCAGUUCCUGCUGUUCGCACGCUGCGCAGCCACUCCGGUGCUGCUGCUCUGUCUGUGCCGCUCGCUCGGCCAGGCUUUCAUGGAUUGCUGCUGCUGCUGCUGUGAAGAGUGCCUCCCUGACAGCACCUCCUCCUCAGCAUCCUCUGCCUCCACAGCUGCCACCUCCGCCCUCUCCUCGCCUUUGUCUCUGUUACCGUCCAGCAAAGAGGAGAUGAAGAUCCUGCUGUCCACAGAGCCGGCAGGUGGCGCAGCUUUAGGAACGCCAUGCUGAGCUCCACAAGCGCACCAGACCAUCCUCUCAGUUCAUCCCAAUCUGCUGCUCACUGGAUCGUCUUUUUUUUGAUUAUCUACUAUUUGAACACUGAGAUAUUGAACCCUGAAAGAAUGAUGACAGCUUUGACACUGAUUGUAAUUAGAAGUCAUCCAAUCACACAACGUUUGGGUUUAAUCUUCCUAAAAAACCUUUUUUAGAAUCCACAUUACAACAAAGACAAAUUAAACUGCUGUGGUCCGCUGUGUGAUGUACAACUCAACGGAAAAAAACAUCUGUAGAAUUUCUCUUAUUUUCUCUUUUACAUCUAAUAUUUUCCUAGUGAAGUGAAACAUGGAAACCAAAACGUCGCAGGUUUCUUUUAUGAAGCUCCUUUUAUCAGUUAACCCUUGUGCUAUCUUAGAUGACCCCACCCUUAAGGCCUGUUCACACCGGGACGAAUUUCGCCGGCGAUUUUCGCCGACGUUUAACGCCUCG